GAAAAAGCAGAGAGCCCUCAAGUGUAGUUAACACUGUACCAGUGGCCCUCUCCCAAGCUGCCUCCUCCUCUCGCACCAGCUCUUCUUAAUGAAGAAAAUAAGCACAGUAAAACAGACCUAGCCUACUGCAGCCCAAGAAACGAAGAUUUUCACAGUGAUAACUGGGUUUGCAGGUUGGUUGUGAAAGACCCAUGUUUCACUGUCUGCAACCAUGAAGAGGGUGGACAGAAACAUGGCGAGGGGACCACUGUACAAGCAGUUCGACUCGGAGAGGAAGAGUGCCAGGCGAGCUGAAGCUAGACUCAGCCUGAGCCUGCAAAGGCUAGAGGUCAUCUGCCUUUACCACGUGAAGACGCUGGCCAGGGAGCAGAGACAGCUUCAGAAAGAACUGCAGCGGUUGCAGCAAGCAGAUAUCAUCAAGAAAAGGUUCUCCUCUUAUGCCAAGAAUGGAAUUCAGAAGAGACCAAGAGAUUCUCUCACGUUCUCACCACAAACAGGACAGAGGCGCGUAGCCACGCAGUCUAAAAUCAGGGUACCGCCAACCAAUAUGACCCAAGAAGCUAAAACUAAGAUUCAUGGGCCCUCUUUACCUGACACUGCCCUCAAAGCUGCCCCGAGAAGCCAGGAUCACCUGCAAUCCCAGCGUGACAGCACCAGCUGCUACAAGGAAGAGUAUUCAGGAGCCCAGGAGGGAGAGUCUGCGAAACCACUUAAGGGCACGGACUCGAAUGUCCCUGCCCCGUGUCAUGGUCAAGAGGUUUCCAUCAACAAUACAGAAGACAGCCCUGUGUCCAGCCCAGAUGGUGCGAAGGGGUUGGCACCUGCAGAUGAGACUAGAUCAAAAAAUGCAGAUCCAAAGCCACACGAGGAUGCUGGGGGGCAAAAUGCCCCAUGCUCUGUGGAAUGUGCAGGAAGCUUCAACGGCAAGUGCACAAAGUCAACCUUCCUCGAGCUGUUGGCAAAGGCCAAAGAGGCCCACUAUCUCCGCCACAGGGUGCCCCCCGAGUCCGAGAGGAUGCUUAGCAUUGGGGAGAUAUUUGGACAUGGAGACGCCUCACUACCCAGAGCAGGGAAAAAACUGUGAAAAUGGUACCAAGUUCCUUCCUACCUGGCUGUGAAAUGUAGCUUGACAAUAAGAUACCAUAAUCGCUAAGGAAUAUGACCCUCAAAUAGAUAGCUGCGAUAAGCAGGCACAGAAAGAAAUAAGCAGAAAUCCAAGACAACUUUCUUCUGCAUCCUUAGGGCCUCCUGCCCUUUUAUAUGAUAUUUUUCAGAAUAAACUUGCUCAUAAUAAAGGCUACUAUGAAAGGGGGGGAAUAUUUGAAAAUACUUUAAAUUGAGAGCCUGGACUUGCUUUGAUGGAAACAAAGUCUUGUUUAUCCAAAGGUCCGGCUCAUAGAGGUGCUGCUUAUAGCGCCACCUGUUGGCCAAUCGGCACAGCUAGUCACCUUGUUUUCCUUUCUUUUAGGGUUUGCACGGGAACCCCACUGAAAUCAUGUAGUGCUGUGGUCUCCAAAUAAAACCUGGUCUUGCCACAGUUCCGUACUCUUUUUUUGAAGCUCCUCUCUCUCUUCUUCCCUUUUUUCUCUUUCCUUCCUUCUUUCCAACCUUCUCUCACUUCCUCUCCUUCAUUUCCUUACUUCCUUUCUUCCUUUUCAAGUAGUUCCAGCUGGAUUUCUCCCCGCCCCCGUUUUAACCCUAAUACCAAACAUUUUUGGAUCCUAAUGAAAGAAACUAAUCUGUGUCCUUUCCUCUCCUCCCAAAUCAAAAUAUCUUAAAACGUCCAGCACACCAUGAAAGCUAUACCACAUCCAGUCAAUAGCCAACUGUCUCACGGUGAAAGAAUAAUUUUCAUUUAAAAAGCUCAGUUAAAUGCAACUGCAAGUAGUAGGUUAUUUUAAGUUGUUAAAGAUAAAUUUUCUUGUAGUUUUUUUCUUAAUAUA